GUAGGGGAUAAGCUGAGGCAGGGUGUGCCCAGGGAAACAGCCAGACAUCAGUAUGUGGAGGGACAGCCGGAGAGAACCUGGAGAGCGAACCGUGUUGGAAGGGUAUUGGAUAUUCACCCAGCCGCCAAUGAGGGGCCUCAAAUAGUGUGAACAAAGGAAGGUCCCUCCAUUUCCUGUGGGCCAAGUGCGGGACAGGGGGGUCCAUGACAGGAGAGCUUCGGGAUGCUUUCAGCUGAACUUGGAAAGAAAGGAGAAGAGAGGUACAGAGGCCAGAGAGAAGAGUGAGUGCCUGUGGGGCGGCAGUGCACGCGGAAGACCAGCGCAGGAGCAGCGACUCUCAUGGGAACUGCAGACAACAGACCAGACCAAAGGGAGCAGAGAGGCCCCAUGAAGAAGCCUUCAAAGAGGAGGGUGAUCAAAUGAAAGAGCCCAACAAAUAAGUCUCAACGGAAGGAUUUGGUUGGCCUUUUGAUAAGAAAACCUGUGGAGCAGGGAACCCUCAUAGAUGAUUUUUGAUACCCUUUGUAGAACCUGUACAUGUGAAUUAGUUUUUAAACUCGGAAAAUCAGACAAGCAAAAAUAAGAAAAUAUAUAUUCUCAUCAUGCAGAAAUUACCACCAUCAGCAAUUUGGUGUCUCCUUUCAGAUAUUUUUCUCUGCACAUUUAUGCAAAUAUAUAUGUUUUUUACUUAAGAUAAUGUUGUACAGAUUAUUUUGAAACUUGCUUUUUUGAUCAAAGAUUCCAUUUCACUUCAUGCUUUGGUCAUAUUUACAUAAUUGUCCCCAAAAUAACAUUUGUACCUGGUUGGAUGAAACCAGUUACCAGCUCAGCACCACAAAUCUGGUUGUGAUGUCACCUGUGUGUUUAAUUGUGCACUCACGUUUUUUCGUAAAAAUUACUUGUUCAAGGAUCCGGGCCAGUUGUCCUGCAGAGGAUCUUACCUUUCUUGUUUGCAUGGCUUGCUGUAGAUUCCUCAGUUAUAAAGGGGUGUGAUAACUUUUUUUUAAUUGGAUGAGGGUUCCUUUUGCCUGUUCUGACUUGUCAUCCUAGAGGUCAAGGUGCUAGGCCCUGAGUAUCCCGUCCUGGCCCUCGUCGGGGAGGAGGUGGAGUUCCCGUGCCACCUAUGGCCACAGCUGGAUGCCCAGCACAUGGAGAUCCGCUGGUUCUGGAACCACACCUCAGACGUGGUGCACCUGUACCAGGAGCAGCAGGAGCUCCCUGGCAGGCAGAUGGAGGCAUUCCGGAACAGGACCAAGUUGGUCAAGGACUACAUCGCCUACGGCAGUGUGAUCCUGCAGCUUCACAGCAUCGUCCCCUCCGACGAGGGCACAUAUGGCUGCCGCUUCCUCUCUAACAACUUCUCUGGCGAAGCUCUCUGGGAACUGGAGGUAGCAGGGCUGGGCUCAGACCCUCACCUCUCCCUUGAGGGCUUCAAGGAAGGAGGCAUUCAGCUGAGGCUGAGAUCCAGUGGCUGGUACCCCAAGCCUAAGGCUCAGUGGAGAGACCACCAGGGACAGUGCCUGCCUCCAGAGUUUGAAGCCAUCGUCUGGGAUGCCCAGGGCCUGUUCAGUCUGGAAACAUCCGUGGUUGUCCGAGAGGGAGCCUUCAGCAAUGUGUCCCUCUCCAUCCAGAAUCUCCUCUUGAACCAGAAGAAAGAGUUCGUGGUCCAGAUAGCAGGCGUGUUUUCUCCCGGAGCCUCUCCGUGGAAGGGCGCUUUGGUCGGGGCCCUGGCGGCGCUGCUGGCGGUCCUCGCGGCGCUGGCGCUGGGCUUCCUCCGGCUGCGGCGGCGAUGCCAAGAAAAGCUGAAGAAGGAGGCGCAGAAGAGAGAAGGGAAACUCACUGCAGAGCUGGAGAAGCUUCAGAAAGAGCUUGACUGGAGACGGACUGAAGGCCAGGCUGAGUGGAGAGCAGCCCAAAAAUACGCAGUGGACGUGACUCUGGAUGCGGCCUCCGCGCACCCCAGCCUGGAAGUGUCCGAGGAUGGCAAGAGCGUGUCUUCCCGCCGGGCGCCCCCAGACCCGGUGCCGAGCGACCCGCAGCGGUUCUCGGAGCAGACGUGCGCGCUGAGCCUGCAGCGGUUCUCCGCGGGCCGCCACUACUGGGAGGUGCACGUGGGCCGCCGCAGCCGCUGGUUCCUGGGCGCCUGCCUGGCCGCGGUGCCACGCGCGGGGCCCGUGCGCCUGAGCCCGGCGACCGGCUACUGGGUGCUGGGGCUGUGGAACGGCUGCGAGUACUUCGUCCUGGCCCCGCACCGCGUGGCGCUCCCCCUGCGCGUGCCUCCGCGGCGCCUGGGCGUCUUCCUGGACUGCGAGGCGGGACAGCUGUCCUUCUUCAACGUGUCCGACGGCUCCCACAUCUUCACCUUCCACGACACCUUCUCGGGCGCGCUGUGUGCCUACUUCAGGCCCCGGGCCCACGACGGCGGCGAACGUCCGGAUCCCCUGACCAUCUGCCCGCUGCGGGUUCGGACGCGCGUCCCCGAAGAGAACGACAGUGACACGUGGCUGCAGCCCUACGAGCCCGCGGACGCCGCGCCGGACUGGUGGUGAGGCGCCCUCGUGGCCGCAGGACUGGCCCGGGAGGCUCCCCGGACCCCAGGCCCGCGCUUUGCUCUCCUGCUCCGGUGAAGUGAGCAGGUGCACCAGUCAAAAUGUCAGCCAGGGGGACAAAGAGGGGGACCUUUGCCUACGUAGAUGCGUAUGUGUAAUGCGAUUUUCUUCAAGGAAAGGAGACACGUCCAAAACUCAUAUGUGGAUUGUGGGGCUGAGCGAAUGAGUACAAAGACAUCCACGUCGCUGAGAGCCGGGGUUGCCUGCGGUGGGCGGUGGGAAAGAAGCCAGCGUGGAAGAAAGAAGGGAGAAAGCUUUAGUGACUGCAUUAGAGGGAUCAGUUAAUUUGUAUCGUUUUAUGUUUUUUGUAUAUGUUUGCUAGCUCUAAAACAGUCCAGACGCAAUGAUACUUCGUAAGCAACGAGUUCACCUAAGUAAGGCUCAGAUCCUAGUUUUAAAUAGCAUUUCCCAUUAAAAUGAAGUUGAAGAAACAGCUGUUUCUGGGGCUGGGGCAAAAAUUUCAAGGUGAGCCUGGAGCAUUGUGUGUGGUAAAGUAAAAUAAGCGCUCAAAACGUGACGGCAACAUGGCAAAAGGGUAGAGGAGCCAGGCUGAAGGGACCUCACUGACCAAUUGUGGGACAAUUUGAAUAUCAGGAUGAAUAAUGACAGGAGAGAUGAUAACACACUGAAUAAAAACAUAAUCCAUGAGUUCAUGCUGAUACUCAAAUUUCUUUUUAAAAAGAAGAAACAGGAAGGUUUCUUUUAGAGGUGAAAUCUAAUUAUUGGUGAGAGUCUUUUGGAGAACAGGGUAUUUUCAGUCUCAAAGCAGUGACCUUGUACACUACUUAUAAAUUUGAAAGGGGAAAUUUACAAAUGGAAAUUUACUUUACAAUGGAGACGUCUACCAGAUCAUCCAAGUGAUUAAAUUUAACACCAUCAAUGAUGGCACCAAGGACAUCAUUAGUUUGACAAUUGGGGAAAAUGAAACACGAACAGGAUAUCACUGGAGAAGUGUUCUGCACCCCCUACCCCCAAGAUAGUCUCUCUGUAGGCCAGGCUAGGGUGCAGCCUCAACCUCCUGGGCCCAAGUGAUCCUCCCACCUCCGCACACAACACCAUGCCCAGCUAAUUUUAAAUUUGUUAUGGAGACGGGGUCUCACUUUGUUACCCAGGCUGGUCUCAAACUCCUCACUCAAGCAAUCCUCCCACCUGGGCCUCCCCAAAUGCUGGGUGUACAGGCAUGGGCCACUGUGCCCGGCUUCAUUUUCAGAGUGAGGCAUUUGUAUUAUGGCUAUGUAGGAGAAUAUUCUUGUUCUCAGCAAACAUACUUAAGUUUUUUAGAUAUAAAUUACCACAGUGUCUGCCACUGAAUUUCCAGUGACUAAGUGGAAAAAUAUAAAACAUAUUAAUAUAAGGAAAGAGACAAGUCAAAUGUAGCAAAAUGACAACACUUGGUGAAUCUAGGUGACUAGUCGACAGAUAUUCAUUUACUAUCAAUGCAGCUUUGCUGUGGGUUUGAAAUUUUGCAAACUAAAAGAGUUGGGUGGCGGGAAGAAGGAUACACCAAAAAGCUUAGUGAUUACCUUUGGAUGGGAAAAUGGUUGGUAAUUGUAUUUUUUAAAUGUCUUCUUUGUAUUUUUUAACAUUCAAUAAUAUAUAUGUAUCAGUUCUGUGAUAAA